GCAGUAUUGCAGUUGCAGAAACUUGCUUCCCCGUGAUGUCAGAUGCGGAGCCUGUCGAAACAGAAAUGGAUGACACAUCCAAGUAGCGACGAAGCAAGACGUAAAGUCUCCGCAGGCAGUAAAUAAACAAAUGAUCAAGGCGUCCGCGACCAGAGAUUGCGUGUUUCUCCAGGCGCAUUCCAAAUCCGGUAACCCUUUGAGUAACUUACCUGAUGCCUUACUUAGCACGCCACAGCUUCCAGGUAAAAUGCCCCAUGGCUCUCGGCAAGGAUACAAAAGCCAGCACCUCGAACGCUCCCCGCCUGCAAUCUCAAAUGCGUUCUUCCUUUCAAACUUACAUUCAAAGAUUGCUCCUAACUGACGCCGACCUGACGCCACAUAUAGUUCAGUGGCAACUGGCUGGCGGUUCCCCUUGCGAUUGGGUCAUCGCUUGAGGUGGUCAAUGAUUUCUGAGAAGAUCGCCACUAGGAGAUGCACCACAUGUGAUUGUCUCGUUGGGAUUUAUUGUUCUUAGUUGUACGAUAGCUGUCUCCGGUAGAGAGUAGUGUCUGAGGUUGCUAGCUGUUUGUUGUCUCCGUCUUUCUACUUGUCGAAUUGGGCCCUCGAUUUGCAUACCUAGUAUUGUAAUUCUGAAGUGUUUUCUUGAUGAGCAAGGUUUUUUCGAAAGACUUCGUGUUAGAAAGUGGUUGGAUGGUCGAAGAGGCCUCCAGCGAGAACAGAAAAGGAGUUGAGGUUUUUGAUCUCAUGUAAGUUGCAGUGUGGUCGAUUGGGUGGUAUAUUGAAGGUUUUGAUAGUUGGCAGUGGUGGUAAGGGAGGGGAGAUCUGGGUGGUGAUUGAGGUUGUUCACGUGAAGGAGAGCAUUUUUCAACCAGUGCACUUUCUGGCUGAAUCAACGCGAGAGUUUUUGCUUCAUUGCUUGCUUCUGCCUCCCUUUGUUCCCUAGUCACCUUCUUACUGGGUACUUCGGAGGAAGAAGGCACAAAAACAACAAUGCAAAAACAACAAAAGCAUACGUAAAACAAAAACAAAACGCGGAUAGAUUUUGGGGUUUUGAGUUUGUCUUUGAAGAAGACAAAUGUUUUCGUCGCCGAGCUCUACAGUUCUCAUGUACAACACACGCACCAGCAAUUACUACACCUUUCUUUCGUCUGCAUACUUGGAGACGUAGCAUCAGUGGACAGGUGUUUUAAAAAUCCUUGAAGAUUCACGACGUCGUCUAUCAGCUCGGGGGUAUCUCCUUUCUUGCGGUGGCUGGAGAAUCUGGAAAUCGUCGCCGAGUUGGGGAAGAUCGCUAUUGAGAACCCCGUGGUGAGCACGAUGCCGGGUCUUCGGAGACAGCCAAGCAUUAGUUCCUACACGAACUCAAUCUACCACACCGAUAUGCUCACGCCUGUCCCUUCUAUCCAUCAAUAUUCAUGGCACUGCGAGAGUUUCAUCGUGUCUCGACCUAUUGCGACCCGGGAGGUUGUGCCGCGCCAGCCCCUGAAAUCUCAGAAGGGGACUAGGGACAAGUGCAAUUAUCUGGGCACCAAGGCAGCGAGCACCGCGCUUGCCGCGCCAGUCUGCUACGGCAGCAUGGAAAGUGACAACUUGCUGGCCAUGGUGCAUGAUUUUAUUGAGAAUGACCCUUCGGAGUACAUGAAUGGAGUGGACAGCGAUGACUCUUCAUCCGCCAAGAAACUUGUGGAAAACUUACUGAUGCGCAUAGCGCCUAGUGCGUUGGAAAGAGAAUUGACAACCGAGGUGGAGCUGCUCCUGAUCCUUGUCAACGACGUCAUGGACGCCAUUUGUGAGCCUGGGGUCUCUGAUUGCAAAGGAAGUUGUGUGAACCGCUUUGUGGUCAAGCAUCUAAGGGUUGCCGGUUACGAUGCCGCUGAAUGUAAGUCCAAGUGGCACUGCUCCGGCCGAAUCCCUGGAGGUGAGUAUGAAUACAUCGACGUUAUCGUGAAUGAUGAGCAACAGACGGAACGACUGAUCGUGGACGUGGACUUCCAAGCCCAGUUCGAGAUCGCAAGGCCCACCCAGCAAUAUGAGGCAGCUUUGAAGAUCCUCCCUGCAGUCUUUGUCGGUUCACCGACCAAGCUAAAGCAGAUCCUGGAGUUCAUGUCGGAGGCUGCAAAAGCCUCCUUGCAACAGAGCGACAUGCACCUACCUCCGUGGCGCACACUCGACUACAUGAGGUCGAAGUGGCUGGGCACGUCGGAGAGGAAGACUGACUCAAUCCCAUCAUCCCCGACCGAAUAGCCCCGCAGCUUCCACCGGCAGAGCGAGGCGCUGAUCCCAACCGCUGCUAGGCAGUACUGGGAGUAGCUGCGGCACACGAAAGAGCCCCUCGUCGUAAAAAUGAAGUCGACUGGCAUUGCGAGCAACCUUACUCGUGGGAGAAGAAACUGCGCCAAUCCCUCUGUCCGAAUCGUCAUGUACGUAACACGCUGGGCGUCGUUAGCAAACAAAUCAAAAAUUGAUAGCUGAAUCCAGUCUCUACCGAACUGGAGAUCCUUAAUUUUCUAAGUUACACGAGAUGAACCGAAAUUUUGUUACCAGUCCUUGCAGUUGAAAGAAUCACGUUUCCCGUCGACAGGCUUAGUUGUAAGCUAUGAAGGAAAACAAAAAACAAAAAACAAAGAAGAAAAAAACUGAGUAGAAUUUGCGUUUAAUGUAUCUAGCUGGAGCGACCGCCCCUAGUGGUCAUUUUUUCCUUUCCAGAACAGUUGAGCGUAGAGAGCUUUGUAGAGAAUAGGUAGCCUCGAGCAGUCGGAACUCCAAUCUGCUUGAUACAUACUGACACUGUAAACACCGAAAUUGUGGCACAACUGCCUCGUCAUCGUGGACAGACGUUUUUCACGUCUGGCCAAGUGAUCUCGAAGAGUCCUAGGCGUCAGCUCAUCGCUCAAGUUAGACACCAGUGCAACUAGUUUUGAAAAACUGGGCUUUGAAUGUCCUCGCUGCAGCCGACACCGCCGGAGGCUCUGCUCAUAGUUUUGCAGACAGCUCAUUCGUCGUAGUAGAUCUCGUAGUAGACCUCGAACUAGAAUCCGGAUUUGAAACAUAUCGAUAAGCAUCAGAAAUGUCAUGUAUAGACAGCACCGACAAGGCUUCGAUCAGAAGACUUGUAUCAUUCUUCGAGGAAAAUCUCGAGUUUUUUCAAUAAUAAAACAAAGAAAUGGGUGACGCGGCAUCGAUGUCGACUGGCUGCCCGAAACCAUCACAACU